UUACAGGCCAAAUCUGAUCCGGUGAAUGACAUGGACCGGAAUGAGCUCUCGCCCGGUUCGGAUGUCGCCAUGUCGAAGAAAGCGGCCCAUAAGAGCGCGCCCGCGUACCACUGCACCGGGAACAGCACCGCCAAGAGUUGCCUGGACUCCAACUCGGAUGCCGCCGGUUCGAACCUGAAACCCAAUCACGUCGCCAUGGAGGAGACGGACGACGCGGAGAAGGAGUCCAAGUUUCAGCAUCCGCGGCUGAGAAGAGCAGGAGGAGGGAGCAGCAUCCAGAUCAAGAGCUGCACACCGGGAGGAGGAGGGGGAGGUGGAGGAGGAGGAGGAGGAGGAGGCGCGUCCAGGAGCUCUACUUCCACUGAUGCGCGCCCGGGUGAUGCUGAUGCUGCUGCUGCGGGUCGCCACGACACCGUCAAGGGCGGAGGAGGAGGAGGCAAAGCGUCUACCGUAGUGGCCACCGUUACGGUAGAGGCUUGUAAUGCUGCCGAGGGUGACGGCAAUCCUUCAGCACCGCUUUCCAGCAUGAAAUGCAACAAGAACGGGGGGUGCAGGCGGGUCUCCGGCACCGGGAGCCUCCGGUCCAUCAUGUCCAAGCCGGACGGGAGCAAGCGGGCAGCGUGCAAUUCAAUGACCAGCAUGGACGCGGCCAGCACGCAGGGGCAAGACGCCUCGAACCCCGGGGUCCCGGAGAAGAAGGAUUCCAAAGUGUCCUUUUCCAACGCCUCCAGCAGGAAAGCCUCGUCCUCCAUCCACGGCGCGCAGCAGCCCCGGAACUCGGUGACCUUCCUCAAAUCCGAAGAUGGAGCUCAGGAGGACGGCGAGACGCGGGGCAGCCAGGCGAGCUUCAUGCAGCGGCAGUUCAGCAGCAUGUUGCAGCCCGGGGUCAAUAAAUUCUCCCUGCGCAUGUACGGGAGCCAGAAGGCGGUGGAGAAGGAGCAGGAGCGCGUGAAAUCGGCGGGCAACUGGAUCAUUCACCCCUACAGCGACUUCAGGUUCUACUGGGAUUUCACCAUGCUUCUCUUCAUGGUGGGCAACCUGAUCAUUAUUCCCGUUGGCAUCACCUUCUUCAAAGACGAGACGACCACGCCAUGGAUCCUCUUCAACGUGGUCUCUGACACCUUCUUCCUCAUGGACCUGGCGCUCAACUUCCGCACGGGCAUCAUUAUCGAGGACAAUUCCAACAUCAUCCUGGACCCCAAGACCAUCAAGAAGACGUACCUGAAGACCUGGUUUAUUGUGGACUUUGUCUCAUCCAUUCCGGUGGAUUAUAUCUUCCUGAUCGUGGAGAAGGGCAUAGACUCAGAGGUGUAUAAGACGGCGCGAGCCCUGAGGAUUGUGCGUUUCACUAAAAUCCUGAGCUUGCUGAGGCUGCUGCGUCUCUCUCGGCUUAUCCGCUACAUUCACCAGUGGGAAGAGAUCUUCCAUAUGACGUAUGACCUGGCGAGCGCAGUGAUGCGGAUUAUUAACCUGAUAGCGAUGAUGCUGUUGCUGUGUCACUGGGACGGGUGCCUGCAGUUUCUGGUGCCCAUGCUGCAAGACUUCCCCUCCGACUGCUGGGUCUCCCUCAACAAGAUGGUGAACGACACGUGGAGUGAGCUGUACUCGUUUGCCGUGUUUAAAGCCAUGAGUCACAUGUUGUGCAUAGGUUACGGUCGUCAAGCUCCGGAGAGUCUCUCUGAUAUCUGGCUGACGAUGCUCAGCAUGAUCGUCGGUGCCACCUGCUACGCCGUCUUCAUCGGACAUGCCACUGCCCUCAUCCAAUCUCUGGACUCCUCACGACGCCAGUACCAGGAGAAGGUAAAGCAACUGUGAAAGCACGUGGAAUUAAUCGACUAAUAAAACAAAUAGUUGCAGAUGUAAGCUUCAUAAGGGAGGUGCAGUUGCCAAAUGAAUCCUUCUGUGGAUUCUGUUUGAAUUAGAACUGAGUCUAAAUCAGAAUCAUAAUUAACUCACUUAAUGAAUCAAUGUGUCACUUCGGCGGCCAUCUGGGAAACAACCUUGGG